UCUUAGAGUUGACACUUUGGUGUUCUUCUGUUCUCAGAUAUGAAUGCACAAUAAUGAAUCCAACAGCUUUUAGUUACUCUGGUUUAAAAGUUAUUGUAACAUUUUAAGGACAAAGGACUCCUAAGGUGAAAUGACACUAAUGCAUUCUAAAUGUUUGCGAGGAGUUCUUCCAUACACCGUGAAGAGCCUGUACGGGCAUUUUUUGGAAAAAGUAUGUUGCUUCGUUUCAAAUGCACAUUUCUGCACAUCAAGCGGGCGAGUGACAGAGGGGACCGUGGCGGUGGAACGGAGAGGGCCAGUGGUCACCAUGGCGAUUAACCGGCCAGAGGUACGCAACGCGGUCAACCAGGAGACAGCUCAGAGGUUGCUGGAGGAGCUGAAAGCAUUUGAGGAGGACCAGACCAUCUGUGCGGCAGUGCUGCACGGUAUCGGAGGGAAUUUCUGUGCUGGUUAUGAUCUGAAGGAGCUGGCCCAUCACUCUGCCUCCCUCAAAUUGGAGCAAGAUGUCACUAAAGGUCCCGGGCCUAUGGGCCCGUCCAGGCUGAUGCUGUCCAAGCCACUCAUCGCUGCGGUCAGUGGCUACGCGGUGGCCGGGGGGAUGGAGCUGGCCCUGCUGGCUGACCUGAGGGUGGUGGAGGAGAGUGCCAUCAUGGGGGUCUUCUGCAGGAGAUUUGGUGUACCUCUGAUUGAUGGGGGCACAGUGCGGUUGCCCCAGCUGAUUGGCCUGUCCCGCGCUCUGGACCUCAUACUGACUGGCCGCCCAGUAGGAGCGCAGGAAGCCUUAGCCUACGGGCUGGCCAAUCGAGUGGUGCCGGAUGGCACAGCGUUGCAGGUUGCCAUGGAGCUGGCGGAACAGAUCAGUUCCUUUCCACAGCAGUGUCUCCGUGCCGACCGGGCCUCUGCCUACCACGCCACCUUCAAUGCCGCCUCCUUCACAGACGCCAUGCAGUACGAGAUGGAUCACGGCCUGCCUGUCAUCCGAGCUGAGUCAGUUGCCGGGGCGACCAAGUUCAGCUCAGGGGUCGGCCGAGGAGGGAAGUUCUCCUGAUGAGUGUGUUCCACAGGUGCAUUAUGGGAAUAAUAGUUGUUCCAUUUUCCAAAUUCAUGUUUUUUCAAAACUCAGGUUACAACUGUUAAAUUAUUCCUCAUAAUCUUUACUUUGAGCCUUGUUGGUUAAUUGAUGAUGUUAAGAUGGCCAGAAUUCAUUCUGAAUGUAUAAGACUGUAUGUAAGACACCCAAACAACACACAGAAAUGAACUAUACAUUUGCUUCUCAUAGAACCAUCCAAGGUUCUCCUGUAGAGAUAAGCGAUUGUCUCCUUGUUUUUCCGACAGGCCAUAGAAAUAACAAUCCCAGUGACAUCACACACACAGAUCCUUUAGCCUCCCUCCAAAGAUGUCCCAGGUGUCUGUCAGACAGGCACACCAGCCCACCAUAAAAGUCACCUGCUCCUUAUUUGUCCCGGCCAUUUGACUGUGAUCCUCUCAUAUCAAAGAACAUGGGUGGGAGGAGAAACCCAGGGUGUUUGGCAAAGUCUGGGAAUCAAAAGCCCGGAAACCACAGCAUCAAAAGUACCAGCAUUAAGCUCCGACUCUGAACAGAACUGGAGUGAGUUAG